CGCAUUACCCGAACAAGGUGUGCGGACAAGUUCUAGCUAUCGCUGCGUUCGCACAUGAAAUUAUAGCACGUUAUUCUGCUGUACUGGACAUACACUUUAUUUUCAUCCACUAAUAUUAAAAAUCGUAGCUACUAGUCUAUUUUUCUCCAGGUGCACCGUAGCUGUACCACAACGCAGAAGUUAUUCUCGAGGAUCUACAAAUAUGGGGGCGCACGGAUGUGUGUUUAGACGAUAUUGGAUAGCUAUUUAUAGUGUUUUAGUGUGUUUUUCUAAAGUUUGUAUCCCGGGGGCCGAGGCCGGAUGCGAAGAGAGAAAGUCGCCUAAUUGUUGCACUGGCAGAAACAACGACUGUUUCGAAUACACCAAGAGGAAGAGCGUUUGCUACUGUGAUGCAUACUGUCAGAAAACCGGUGACUGUUGUGAGGACUAUCGGCAAGAGUGCCAAAUAUCCGCAGCAGUAGACUGUACAGUGGGGCAGUGGAGUGCUUGGUCCCGUUGCUCGUCUGUGUGUGGAGUGGGAAAUAUGGAGCGCAAUCGCCAAGUGACCACACACCCUCGCAAUGGAGGUGUGCCCUGUCCUGAUCUCAAACAACGUCGUGGCUGCUUAGCACACAUGGAGACCUGCAGCGCUGCCAAGGAUGUGGCCAAAAUCCUGCCUGACUCAUUCAAACGGAACUUCAAGGACCCCUGGAGACGGCCACACAUGCUUCUAAAGGAGGAGAGAAAGAGUUACUGUGUGUACAUGCGUGUGAAGCAGGGGAGUGCAGCUUGCAGGCUAAAGAUGUGGAGCACUCAGCUCACCCGAGAGCGCUCGGUGUGUGUUGAGUGUCAGGGUGAUGCCAUGGCAACUGACAACCGCUGCCAUGGAGAUGGCCUGCAGACCAUCAGAACCUUCUGGGCAGCCGCAACAGCACCAGGCUGCUACGGAUCUUGGAUCAGAGAGUCUUCUAAUGAAAACUGUCAAUGCCCGCCUUACUCCAUACUAUUUGUCUGAACGGCAAACCCCUUCAAAGGCAGGAACAUAGUAGCUCCCAGUAAAGCAGAAAGGACAUUGGGAAUAUGCUGUUCUUGGAGGCGAAAGGAUGCUUUCUGGCCUCAGACUCUCUUUGUACUCCCUUUCACAAGAGCUUGCAUCACAUGCUAUAUAACCAGCAUAACCGUACAUAGGCUGAAUACUAACUGAAUAUUCAUCUGGCUCUAUAAAAGGCUCUAUGAAAAGCACAAUAGAGGCUAGAUUUCUCUUACCUCUUGAAUCUUUUCUAUCUACCUCCAAAUGCACUCGCCUUUAAAUACACUUUACGGUGGAUGCCUGUGAUGUUUUGAAUAUGUCCAUGUGAUUAGAAAUGCAUACAUCAUUUGUGUACAAGUAUGAGUGAGGCAGUGUGUUUAAUGUGUCUGGGCCACUGCUGGUUUUGAAUGUGUGUUUGUACAGAAAGUACUCAGGCAUGUAUCCCCAUUCGUUUGUGUGUCACUGGUCACAUUUUCAAUUUAAGUGAUUUUUUAAAAUUGCUUUAGCCCUUAAAAAUGUUUGUCAGCAUAGACAAUGGAAAUAUAAGAUGUAAAAUUCUAGCUGAAAACUUUACAGAGAUAUACAGAGAUUUACAUAGUUUAUACAUUGACAAACAUUUUUAGGUGCUAAAGAAGUUUUUAUAAGACAUCACUUGAAUGAAAACAUGGCCAAUGUUUCUCCAAACCUUUACAUAUACUUUGAAUUUCUGAUCAGUCCAGAAGUGUAAUUCUUAUCAUCUUUCUGGAAUUACUCUGCUACUUUGAUCAUACAUAGUCCAUCUGCAGGCAUAAUAAAGUGUCUUGUGACAAGAAGAAAUGCCAUAAAUCUAGAUUUUUAGGUCUAUGCUUGCCACUUGGAGUUUUAAUGGCUUUUAUUUUUAAUCAAUAUUUUAGCAACUAUCAGAACAUUCAUUAUUAUCAGCACAGAUCAAUGUAAUAUCCAGUACCCUUACUUUAUAACUGUAUUCACAUAUUGAAAUUUUGUCAAAUAAAAUCUGUUUAAAUCCUUUA